CCAUAGAGUUCAUUCCAUAUUCAUGUUUGUCUUUGUUAUCAAUAUCCUUCCAUUGGUCUCCUGUUCUGAUUCUGCUAUUGCUCAGGCUUCGCCUGCAACUCAAACAGUUGCAAAAGGAAGUGAAGCAGUCGCUCUCUUGACGUGGAAAGCUAGCCUUGACAAUCAAAGCCAAUCACUCCUUUCGUCAUGGAACGAAAGUGGUCAUUGCACUUGGGUUGGGAUUGGCUGCAACGAGGCCACUAGAGUAACCAAUUUAAACCUCGAUGGUUUUGGUUUGAGAGGUACGCUUUCUAGUCUUAACUUCUCUUUGUUCCCUCAUCUAGUUAAAUUUGAUCUGUCCAACAACUUCAUAUACGGGAACAUUCCCCCACAGAUUGGCAGCCUUCCGAGACUCACCUUUCUUGACAUGUCAACCAAUCAUCUUUCGGGAACAAUUCCUUCAGAAAUAGGAUUGCUCAGCUCUCUCAGUUCUCUCUCUUUGAGUUCUAACAACCUCACGGGUUCCAUACCUCUAGCUAUAGGAAAUUUGGAUUACUUAACCGACUUAUACCUAUUUCACAACAAUCUCAUAGGGUCCAUCCCCGCUUCAAUAGAGAACAUGAGAAAUCUCAAAACAAUGCACCUUUACAAGAACUCUCUCUCUGGAUCUAUCCCUCAAGAAGUAGGAAUGCUAAGAUCUCUCACUGAUCUUGAAUUGUCAACGAAUAAUCUUACGGGAUCAAUCCCCGCUUCAAUAGGGAACUUGAGAAACCUCACAAGAUUGAUCGUUUUCGAGAACUCUCUCUCGGGAUCUAUCCCUCAAGAAGUAGGAAUGUUAAGAUCUCUCACUGAUCUUCAAUUGUCAAUGAAUAAUCUCACUGGAUCAAUCCCCGCUUCAAUAUGGAACUUGCGAAACCUCAAAACAUUAUACUUUCACCACAACUCUCUCUCUGGAUCUAUCCCUCAAGAAGUAGGAAUGCUAAGAUCUCUCACUGAUCUUGAAUUGUCAACGAAUAAUCUCACGGGAUCAAUCCCUGCUUCAAUAGGAAACUUGGGAAACCUCACAACGUUGUACCUUUUCGAGAACUCUCUCUCUGGAUCUAUCCCUCAAGAAGUAGGAAUGCUAAGAUCUAUCACUAAUCUUGCAUUGUACACGAAUCAUCUCACGGGAACAAUCCCAGCUUCAAUAGGGAACUUGAGAAACCUCACAAUGUUGUACCUUCACGAGAACUCUCUCUUUGGAUCUAUCCCUCAAGAAGUAGGAAUGCUAAGAUCUCUCACUAAUCUUGCAUUGUACACGAAUCAUCUCACGGGAACAAUCCCAGCUUCAAUAGGGAACUUGAGAAACCUGACAAUGUUGUACCUUCAAGAGAACUCUCUCUCUGGAUCUAUCCCUCAAGAAGUAGGAAUGCUAAGAUCUCUCACUAAUCUUGCAUUGUACACGAAUCAUCUCACGGGAACAAUCUCCGCUUCAUUAGGAAACUUGAGAAACCUCACAACAUUGUACCUUUAUGAGAAUUCUCUCACUGGAUCUAUCCCUCAAGAAGUUGGGAUGCUAAGAUCUCUCAUUGAACUUGAUUUGUCAAUGAAUAAUCUCAUAGGAUCCAUCCCCGCUUCAAUAGGGAACUUGAGUAACCUCACAAAAUUGUAUCUUAGCGAGAAUUGUCUCUCCGGAUCUAUCCCUCAUGAAGUAGGAAUGCUAACAUCUCUUACUGAUCUCAAAUUGUACAACAAUUAUCUCACGGGAACAAUCCCCACUUCAAUAAGGAACUUGAGAAGCGUUACAAGUUUGCUCCUUUACAACAACUCUCUCUCUGGAUCUAUCCCUCAAGAAGUAGGAAUGCUAAGAUCUCUCGCUAUUCUUUCAUUAUACAUGAAUCAUCUCACUGGAACAAUUCCCGCUUCAAUAGAAAACUUGAGAAACCUCACAGUCUUGAACCUUCACGAGAACUUUCUCUCUGGAUCUAUCCCUCAAGAAGUAGGAAUGCUACGAUCUCUCACUAUUCUUGCAUUGUACAAGAAUUAUCUCAAUGGAACAAUUCCUGCUUCAAUAGGGAAUUUGAGAAACCUCACAUUGUUGUACCUUCACGAGAACUAUCUCUAUGGAUCUAUCCCUCAAGAUGUAGGAAUGCUACGAUCCCUCACUAAUCUUUCAUUGUACACGAAUCAUCUCACGGGAACAAUCCCCCCAUCUAUAUGGAACUUGAGAAACCUCAGAUUGUUGUACCUUCACGAGAACUCUCUCUCUGGAUCUAUCCCUCAAGAAGUAGGAAUGCUAAGAUCUCUUACUGAUCUUUCAUUGUACAGGAAUUAUCUCACAGGAUCAAUCCCCACUUCAAUUGGGAACUUAAAAAACCUCACAACAUUGCAACUUUACGAGAACUCUCUCUCUGGAUCUAUCCCUCUAGAACUAGACAAUCUUAGAUAUCUAAAGGAUCUUGGAUUAUCCUCCAACAAGCUCACAGGACAUCUAUCGCCGUAUAUGUGCGUUCAUGGAUCACUUGUGAGAUUUUCUGCAGAAAACAACUACUUGGUAGGUCAUAUCCCGACCGGCUUGAGAAAUUGCAGUGAGUUACGUCGUUUCAAGCUUGGUCAAAACCAACUGACAGGGCAUAUAUCAGAAAUUUUUGAGGCAUUGCCAAACCUUGUAUAUUUAGAUUUUAGUCACAAUAAUUUCUAUGGCGAGCUUUGGCACAAAUGGGAACAGUUUCCCAAUUUGACUGCCCUGAAGAUCUCCAACAAUGACCUUUCUGGAAAUAUUCCACUUGGCAUUGGAAGUGCAACUCAGUUACGUUUACUUGACCUCUCUUCAAAUCAUCUAGUUGGUGCGGUCCCGAAAAUUUUUGGAAAGUUGGUUUUAUUAUUCAAUCUUACUCUUAGUAAUAACAAACUUUCGCAUGAUAUUCCAGCAGAAAUUGGAAGCAUGUCUAGUCUUCAGUAUCUAGACUUGUCUGGAAACAAUCUUAGUGGACCUAUUCAAGGGAAGUUGGGUGACUGUGUGAAUCUUCUGAACUUGAACUUGAGCAGAAAUCUUCUCAGUGAGACUAUUCCUUAUGAAUUAGGAAAAUUGCAGUUUCUUCAAAAUCUUGAUCUUGGAAAUAAUUUAUUAACAGGAGAGAUACCACCAGUGAUCGGGAACUUGAAAACCUUAGAGACACUAAACCUCUCCCACAACUUGUUGUCCGGUUCUAUCCCCUUUUCUUUUAAUGGGAUGUCAAGUUUAACAUUCAUUGACAUAUCUUACAAUCACUUGGAGGGUCCUUUACCCAGCACAAAAGCAUUUGAAGAUGCUCCAUUUCAGGCAUACCGUAAUAACGACAGAUUGUGUGGCAAUAAAACUAGUUUGAUGCCAUGCUCACUGAAGCAGAGCAAUGGAGAUAAAGGGAGAAAUUAUAACAAAAUUGUGCUUCCGAUUGUAGUUCCUUUGGGUAUUGUAUUUCUUAUUAUGGGUAUAACUUUCCUGGUUCAACGCAAUAGAAUGGUGGACAACGAAAUCAAGCCAAACAGAGCAUUUAAUAAAGAUUUGUUUGAGAUUUGGAGCUUUGAUGGAAAAUUGGUGUAUGAAAACAUCAUUGAAGCAACAGAAGAUUUCAAUGACAAGCAUUGCAUUGCAGUAGGUGGAUAUGGCGUUGUUUAUAGAGUUGAGCUGCCAAGUGGUCAGGUUGUCGCUGUAAAAAAGUAUCCUCCUUCGCAAGAUGGUGAGUUGGUUAAUUUGCAAAGUUUUAUGAGUGAGAUACGUGCAUUGAUAGAGAUACGACAUCGGCAUAUCAUAAGGCUUUUGGGUUACUGUUCUCAUCCACAACACUCAUUUUUGGUUUAUCAGUUCUUCGAAGGGGGGAGCUUGGAUAAAAAACUACGCUGUGAGGAACAAGCACUAAGUUUGGAUUGGGGUAAGAGGGUAAAUGUUGUUAAAGGUUUGGCAUAUGCUUUGUCAUAUAUGCACCAUGACUGUUCACCCCCGGUCAUUCAUCGCGAUGUAUCAAGCAAGAAUGUUCUGUUAGACUUAGAAGACAUCGCUUAUCUCUCCGAUUUCGGAACUGCUAGACUUCUAAAUCUGCACUCGUCAAAUUGGACUUCUUUUGCAGGCACCUUGGGAUAUGCUGCUCCAGAACUUGCUUACACAAUGGAGGUGAAUGAGAAGUUAGACGUCUAUAGCUUUGGAGUUUUAACGCUUGAAGUUAUAAUGGGAAGGCACCCAGGGGAUCUCAUCUCUUCUUUUUCUUCAUCAUCUUUGGAUUCCUCACUACCAUCUUCUUAUGGGAUUCUGCUGAAGGACAUAUUGGAUAAACGUCUCCCACUUCCAAGUAAUCAUGUGGAGGCAGUGGUUCUUCUUGUAAAGGUAGCACUUGCAUGUUUGCACCCCAGUCCGCAUUGCCGACCAACUAUGGAACAAGUUUCUGUGGCUCUAUCCAAACAGAAGUCAAAUCUGCAGGACCCAUUCCUCAGGAUCACAUUAGGACAACUACUUGAUGAAAAUUGUACGUACAAAUGCCUAAGUAUUAUUGUUGUCCCUUCGCUAUUUGGGUUUUGGUUCUCCCUUUCUCUCAUGUGCUUUCUAGCUGGCAUUUGCUCUAAGGCUGUGAAAUACUUUUUCUUAUCAAUAGUUGCUUUUUUCUAG